AGCAUUGAGUCCACCAGAUCCUCAAGAUCUUUUUAUAUAACCACAAGACAAGAUGCCUACACUAGACUCAGAUCCCGCCAACGGGCUUGAUAACUACGAUGUUGACGACUUUUCUGACGAUCCAUUUGCAUCGCCACCACCCGAAGCGGCCAACAAGAAGCGAAAAGAGCCAGAUUCUGGUCUCGGUAUUGAUGAAGAGGUUGAUGUCAAGAAGAGGGCGCGAGUUCCCAAUGUGAAACUCGACGAAGAGAGAUUACUUGGACCAAAGGGUAUUCCCAAGCUAAGACAAAGGGCGAAAGAUCUCAAGAUUAAAGGCAAAGGCCAUGAAUUCUCUGACGCCUCUCGACUACUAUCCUUCUACCAACUAUGGCUAGACGACCUCUUCCCAAAAGCUAAAUUCCUCGACGCCCUUACAAUGGUCGAAAAGGCGGGCCACAAGAAACGAGUCAUGAUUGCACGAAACGAUUACAUCAACGAAAGCAAACCCAAAGAUAGAACUGCAGACGACGAAGAAGAGGACGACAUGUUUGGUGAAAACGAUGCAUCAAAACCUACAGAGCAGGAGGGUACAAGACCAAAAACACCAGAGCAAGACACAGGUGUGCCAGACGAUGACGAUCUUUACGGUGCCACACCACGAGCUGCACAACGAAAUUCAGGACCAAUUGUCCCCAUCCGCAACGACGUUCCAGAAGAUGAUGAUUUCGAGGCUCUUAUCGCCGAGGCAGCAAGUCACGAUGCAGCUCCGAGAGCGAGAAUAAACCCUACACCAGCAGAGCCAGAUGACGAUGACCUAGAUGCUCUCAUGGCGGAAGCUGAGAGCCAUGAUCAGACGAGCAAAGAGAAGGGGCAAGGGUCGAAAGAUAAGGAGACGAAUAAUUUUGAUGAUGAAGAGGCGGCUAUGCAAGAGAUGGAUGGGUUAUGGUAAUGCUGCAAAAGAUAUCAAGAUAGUUUGGCGUUGGGCGUUUAGUUAAGCGCGAGUUUUAUGUCGUCGGCGCAUGUCAUUGAACAAUCAAUUAAUCUUGUUGCCAAUCAAAUGUUAUUCAUCAAGAGUAUUGCUUGCUUCUAGGUUACCGAUCUCGAGAUAUAUGAUUGCUCAACUUCAGAUGAUAUUGGCAACUGCACGGAAAACAGAGUCUUACAGAUAUGUCAAGGUGGUCAAAGAAAUAGAAAGACUUCGAAUAAGAACAAUCCUCAGCGAAGUUUAAACAAGUUAAUCAAGUGCGCUAAUACUCU